AUGGUUAACUGGAUCCCGAGUCUCCAGACCAUCGCCAUUGGUCUGGCACUGAUCCCAGGAAGCUCCGCCUGGGAUCGUGAUUCCGUUGCUGCCUCUCGAAAGGAGGCCAGUCCCUUGACAUCUGGAAUAAUUCCAGGGCGUUACAUCGUGGAACUCAAUGGCGAUAGCGCGUUGGGUCAACGUGACGUCCGUCGUCGUGCCGAGACUGUUGUCGGCGACUUGGAAUCGGCUGGCUAUGAGGUCAACAUCAAAGAGGACUACUCGUCCAUAUCUGGCCGCUUCCAGGGUGUCUCUAUUGAGAUAUCAAACGAUCAAGAGGGAACCCUAGAUGAACUCAAGGACCUCUCCGGCGUCGCAGAUGCCUGGCCGGUCGAGAUCAUCACGCUGGAUGUCGACUUUGACACCAGCGAUCCCAGCCCCAAGUGGAACCCCCACGUGGCAACCCGUGUCGAUGAACUACACAAGAGAGGGUUGAAGGGCGAAGGCCAGCGCGUUUGUGUCGUUGACAGUGGUGCUGAUUCGUCUCACCCGGCCCUGUCUGGCCGCAUUGCCGGCGGUAAGAACAUGUUCGACGACAGCACCAACUUGGAAGACUGCAACGGCCACGGCACUUUUGUGUCGUCGAUGAUUGUCGGAAAGAACAAAGACUUUUCUGGAGUUGCUCCAGAGGCCGAAGUCUUCAUGUACAAGGUCUUCGGCUGUGAAUCCAGCACUUCCAACGACAUCAUCCUCAAAGCUCUCCUGGCAGCAGACGCCGACGACUGCGAUAUUGUGUCCCUAUCCCUUGGUGGCGACAACGGAUACCAUGGUUCUCUCAUGUCGCGAGUCGCAAGCCAGGUUGCCGAAGAUCGACUGGUCAUCAUCGCGGCCGGAAACGCUGGCGAGAUGGGACCCUUCUAUGCCAGUUCCCCAGCCUCGGGUCGAGGUGUUGUCGCUGUUGCUUCAGUCAACUCCAAGCAAAUCCUUGGUUGGCCGGCUGUGAUCCUCUCCUCCAGUGGAGAGAGCUUCAACCUGAGCUAUGUCACUCCAGAUGGGUCGAAGCUCAAUGAGUCAAUCAGUGUCCCCCUUACUUUUGACACAGGCGACUCCUGCAACGCAAAGGAAUAUGGAGAAGAGAGCGAGGCUGUUGUCAUCAAGCGGGGUAUCUGCUUUGGCAAUGGGCAAUUCAACACCAUGUCCUUCACCGGCUUUGGAUAUAUCCUCAUUUUCGACUCCUACAACCAAGGCGUCUCCUACAUGUCAGAAGCCAGCAACACAAGCCCUUCCGUGCACUUGUUUGCCGUUACCCAGGCCGCUGUGGGUGAUUGGGUCAAGGAGCAGACUUCUGGCAGCCAUACCUUGACCUUUGUCGUCGAGGCCGACGCUGAUACGGCUGCAGAAAUGACAGACUUCCCAGCCAGUGGGCAGAUGUCAUCCUUCUCUUCUUGGGGACCAACUUUUGAGAACGACUUUAUCCCGACUAUUGCGGCUCCUGGUGGUGCUGUAUAUGGUGCAUUCCCCGAUAACACCUUUGCCAUUGCGUCGGGUACAUCGUUUGCCACCCCGUACAUGGCGGGCAUCGCGGCCCUUUUCUUUGCCCACGUCAAGAAGGAUGCCGCAGAAUUUGCUCGACGAAUUUCAUCCACUGCCGCGUUACUUCCCUCUUAUUCCGCAUCUGAAGCGAGUGUUAUCAGCGACAUUGCUCCUCUGGCCCAGCAGGGUGCCGGUCUGGUGGAUGCUGUCAAGGUCUUUGACUACGAGACUGUUUUGUUGUCCGAGUCGCACAUCUCGCUCAACGAUACGGACAACCGCGUUAGCACACACACCAUUCAGUUGAAGAACACCGGCUCAUCUCAGGUCACAUUCCAAAUUUCUCAUGUGGCCGCUUCAUCCGUUCAGGGUCGGGAUGAAUACUGGUAUCCCUACUUGUACUACCCACCACUCCUUGACGCGGCGGGUUCUAUCGAUGCCCCAGAAAGCGUUAGCAUCGCUGCUGGUGCAACCCAGGAGGUCCAAGUGACCAUCAACGCCCCUGCGGAUCUGGCUCCCAACAGUGGUGUGAUAUGGAGUGGAAAGAUUGUCUUUGAGGGCAGCAACGGCGAGUUUCUUACGGUCCCAUACAUGGGUGUCGAGGCGUCAACAUACAACUGGACACCACUCGAGGGUUCCCCUCUUGUCUUCCGUUAUGACUCCGACUCCGGCUAUCUCUAUCCUGUCGAUUGGCAGGGCAAAGCCUAUAAACCUGCGGAACUGGACUCGCCGGAAAUCUACUUCGCGCUUAGAUACGGUACCUACGAGUUCUCUCUUGACUUGGUCGGCGAGGACUGGACGAAGGAAGACUUUUCCUAUCCCCUCUCAGCUGGAUCCGGAUCAAAGCAGUGGCGUGGCUCUGUGCGAUCACAGCCUGACGCGUUCGGCUCUUACUCCAAUUUCCCAUUGCAGCACCCAUUGCGCUUUAACAAUGUGGGCUUCAAUAGGUUCCAAUGCUUUGCGAAUGGCACCGACAUUCCAACCGGAAAAUACAGAGUCUUGAGUAGGGCUCUUCGCAUGUUUGGAAAUCCAACAGAACCCAGCGAUUGGCAGCUUUUCUUGUCAGAUGCUUUCACUAUUCAACUUGGUGACGAUGCUCUCACUAGCUCGACAAGCACUGUCACUUCAACGACUGAGAUGUCGACACCUACGAUUGCCAGUGUCUCCACGACAACAAACGAUCCUACAACAACAGACGAGGCUACAACGACAGACGCUCCAACAUCCACAACUGAAACUGCUCUGGCAACGUCCACAGCUGUGCCUGGAAUCACCACUACCCUGCGUGCCAAGUCCAGCCCAACUGGUAUUGCCAAUGCCUUUGCCGACAUUUCCAUCCAACGACAAGGCACCACUUCCAAUGACAUGUACGAUCCGAGCGAGUGGAUGCAGCUUCACGUUCAGAUGAAAAUCCCAACCCGGCUGGUAGCCGGGUCUGUCGCAAGCUUUGCACUUCCACCACAGAUUGUUGACGUGGCUCAGAAUAACUACGUCUCAGCUAGUGGAAGUUAUGUUGGCGCCGCAGCAUUUGACAAUGUCACCAGUAUCUACACCAUCACCUUUGGUGAUUGGGUCGACUGGCACAGCGACAUAACGGGGGACUUCUAUCUCUAUUGCCGAUUGGACCCGGAAUUCCAAGUUGGUCUUGAAGCCGGAACCUAUUUCAUGGAGAUUGAGACUGUGGGAAAGACAUUCUACCCGCCUGUCUAUUAUCGUGCCGUGGACAGGUCAAGAGUGUAUGAGCGAAAGCAUGUGGAGAUGCUGGAUGACCAACAGGUCUUCUACUUCAACAUCGAGGUUCCUGGUCAAUUGGGACCCUGGAAAUCAGUCACUUUUGUUAGCAGCCAAGCGUCGGGGGAUGACGGAUACUUGUGCGCCAAGACGACUGUGGAGAUUGGGACUGAAUUCGACACUGGAAACCAGAUCACUGAAUCCCGGGAUGUUAGCACAGAUGCCAUCCAACGUUGCGAGGUCAAAACAUUCAAGGCAGUCUACUCCAGCGAGAUUGCGGAAGACGAAGUUUUGGCAUUCAAUGUUGCCAACAUUCUCGGCAACUGGGACUCUUGGACAAUCACCUUUGCUUACAGCCUGGCAAUCGAGCUCACGAAUGGAACCACGGUUGGCUACGAUCUUCGGACUUUGUCAUAUGACAGGUACGCUCGAAGCACC